GUUCCCAUUUUGUCUCUGCUGAGUCGUAGCCUCGUUUGGACUCUUUGAGCGCAAACCACUUCCCUCAUCCCAACAUAUUCAUUCACCUUUCAACUCUCACGUUCUCUUUCCCCCCCGAUCAGGUAUCCCCACGUCACAUCGGUUCCCCAGGCGGGGUUGCUUGUUGGAUAAAAUUUCUGCAAGUCUUAUUGGCAAUCAGUCUCAUUCGACUGAUUGCCAAAACAGCGUAUGAGUCCCCAGAGAGCGUUGAGCACGAGUAGAGCCUUAGAGGGAGUUCAUGGAGUGCAUCUGGUGCCUCAUUCAACAUUUGCGUUUGAAGAGAUAAAUCAACAUGGUGUCUUGUACCAGUCAACCUGUGAAAGUAAGACUGUUGGAGCUAAUCAGCGGUUUAUGGUCCAGAGAGUUUGGCAGCAAAGACCUGCAUGUCUGAGGCCUAUCCAAUGUAGUCUAAAUGGUGAUAAUAGCCUUGCAGAAACAAUUGCUAAUGUUCUUACUUCGCUUCCAUUUAUUGCUCUUGGAAUGCAGGCCACAAGGAAGAAUCUGAAUUGUAAGCUGUAUGCAAAUUCAUUAAUCGGAGUGGGAGUUACGUCAAGUUUGUACCAUGCAUCAAGAGGAAACAUGAGAAAAUAUAUGAGGUGGGCUGACUAUUCAAUGAUAGCCACAGCAACGGUGUGUCUGACCAGAGCACUCAGGAAUGAGAAUCCAAAGUUUCUGAUGGCAGCAUCUGCUUUGUUUCUACCAAUUCAACCUCUGAUGGUCUCAGCUGUUCACACAGGGAUGAUGGAGGUAGACAUCUGUAAGAUUUAUUGAGUAACCUUGCAUUCAAAACUACCUUAUGUGUAUGUGCUAAAAGUUUAGCUCUGGGUGUUAAGCAAUGAUAAUCUCUUUCUGAAAAACUUAUGGCUGCCGGUCCUUCAAAUCUGUUAUAUGUGGGGGGAAACCCAAUCUUUGUGCUAUUUAAGACCAUGACAACCACUUGUGCCAAGUUGGCAGAUACAAUCAAACAUACAAAUAAUCUGGCUUUACAUAUCUUUUCAGUGUUCACAAAGCAACUCUUUUUGGAGUAAAAUCAAUUAGAUUGCAAAAACAUGGAUGGUUAUAUAUCUUAAUUUGAAACUUAUGUAAUCAUGAUUUUAAGUAUUGGUUGGUACCAAUACAAAUCAGCCGAGCCAUGACUGAUUCGAUACCUCCAAUCCUGAGACAGAUACAUGUUCCCUGUAAACCAUGAAGUUCACUUUAUUUGUGCUUGACUGGGGCUAGUCGUUUGAGUUAUCGUUCCACUCUAUUGCGAUAUCAUCCCACGAUGGAGUGAUUGCAACACCGUUAUUGAUCUGUACUAGUGUCCUCUGAGUAGUUAGCUGAUACCACGUUUAAGAUGAACAUAUUUUCUUCUCUUUCGGAACCGAGUUCAUAAUGGUUGUUGUCUGCCUGUCCUUUCUGCCUGAUCUUCCUUUAGUUCCAGAACCUUAAAUAACUCAGAGUUGAUCAACAAACUAACCUCAGUGCUUUUAGACCUUAGGUGGGGUGCUUUUCUGGAUGGUAGAAACACCAGGAGGGUAUUAAAGGCAGCAUUAUUUCCCUGAUCAUUUGUCCAUUAGAUCUAUUGUUGUAUUGCUGAUUUCUGUCAUGCAUUUGUAUUAUACUGGCCGCCCUUGUAGUUUUUGUUGUACUUCUUAUUCUUGCAACCUACGUUGGCUAAUAGGCAAUGCUACUUGGGUUACGCCAUAUGCCUGUAACUCUCGUCAACCUUGUCGCUUAAAGUAACUACCUUAGCCCAUAAAUAUCCCCAAUCUUCCUGGUUCCCUUUUCACAUUGCUUUUGCGUGGGUAUUUGAUUGUGUACGGAUUUGUUGGAAUAUAUGGAGCAAACAAAAUGUGUGUAAUGUGCUUGAAAAAGGGGAAGGAAAAAGGGCAGCCACUCAGUUGACCCCGUCUUGCCUUCAUCACAUCAAUGAAAGCAUGACAACUACCCACAAAUAGUUUGGAUGGACAUGCUCCCUCAUUUUACAAGAUGCAGCGGAUCAUCUAGCAUGUCGCAUUUGCGAAAAGAGCAAUCCAAGAUCCAGACUUGAGGAUGGCGCACAACGUGCAUAAGAUGUCAUCAGUCUUAGGCGGUGCACUUUUCAUAGCUGAUGAUGUCUUCCCCGGAACUCCAUUCCUUCAUGCUGGCUGGCAUGUUGCUGCUGCUGUUGGAGUUGGCACGUGUAACAAGCUUCUAGAGUAGUGUAAAAAUUCUAAAUCUAUUCACCACAUCCAAUUUGUCGAAAAUGUGUGCGUCGAGCUUCAGCCUGAAGACCAUACAAGUGAAAAAGAAAAAGAGGGAUAUGUAAUUUUAUGUCAACUUGUCGAAAUUCCAUUGUUGACCAUGUUGUGUUUCCCCGAAACUUCAUUGAAGUAUGUCUUCAGUUAUGUUGUCCAAUGCAUAAGUUGGUGAAAUUUUAUCUGGGACAGUUUUGUAUGCUAUAAACCUGUGGCAAUGCCUGUUGCUUUGUGAAGUUGCUCUCUAU